CUCCUAGCCCUUUUCAACUUGGGCGUCGCCAACCUUCGGCUCGGGCGUCUCAGUGACGCGCAAGACGCCUACGAGAAGCUUCACACGCUCACCCCUCAUUGCCCCGAGGUCCUCUACCAGCUCGGUCAUAUCGCCGAGGGCCAAGGUCAAGCGUCGGAGGCGAUUCGCUGGUUCCAAGUCUUGCUCGCGGAGUUGAGGGCGCGAGGCAAGGGGAUGGGGAAAGAGAAGAUGUUGUACCAAAGGGGGUUGUCGAAUAGAGGCGUGGACGAGGGGGGAUGGACGUCGUCUUCGUCGCUGGGC